AUGUCUACCGAGUCUCCCAACAAAAAGAGCAAAACGGUACAUAGCCUUCUUUCCGGCAAAAAGAUUGUGAGCGUCGAGGAGAGUCUUCAAGUUUUCGGAGAGCCUGGAGUUGUCUUUGUGGAUGGUUCUUGGUUCCUGAAGGAUCGGAAUGGACGAGAAGAGUUCGAAGCAGGGCCUCGGAUUCCAGGAGCACGGUAUUUUGAUAUUGAUGAUGUUGCUUCCAAGGGUGACUUGAACCCAAAAGGUCUGCCACACAUGAUGCCACCCAAAGAUUUGUUCGCCGCUUCCAUGGACGCUUUGGACAUUACAAAUUCAGAUCAUUUGAUUCUCUACGCGACAAAAGGAUGUAUGUUUAUUCACAGAGCAUUGUAUCAGAUCCAAGCCAUGGGACACGAGAGGGAUCGGGUCCAUCUGAUGAACGGAUCCCUGGAGGAAUGGGAAAAGCAAGGGGGAAAGUUAGACAAGGAACCAGCCAAGGUGAUAAACGCAGAUGGCUUGGACCUGUCAAAGCCGACAAAGUACACAGCCACUGACCCACAGAAUGUAGUAGACAUUGAAGAGGUUAAGGGUAUUGUAAACAAAGGAAAGGACACCGAUUCGAUCAUUGUCGAUGUACGGUCUUCAGAGCGGUUUCUUGGCUCGGUGGAAGAGCCCCGACCUGGCCUUCGUCUUGGGCACAUGCCCGGGGCCAAGAAUCUCUUCUUUUUCUCGCUUCUAGAUCCAGACAAUGUGGCCCAACUGAAACCAAAACAAGAACUCCAAAAACUUGUUGCAGAUGCUGGCAUUGACAUUGAAACUGACAAGAGAAUUGUGAUAUCCUGUGGUAGCGGCGCAACAGCAUGCGCAUUGGCAGCCGCCCUCGAUGUCUGUGGACGAGACCCAUCCAAAACUGCAAUCUACGAUGGAAGUUGGAGUGAAUGGGGCUCUGAAGAAGACACCCCAAUAACAAAGGAUCCUGAUACGUAG